UGGGAGACCCGGACCAGGUCAAUUCCAAUCGGUCUACCCCCGAACCACCGUCACCACCCGAAUCGCAGGGAGGGUCACCGGCAUUCAGUAGCCGAAGCCGAUCUAGCAGUAUGGGGCCUAUCAAGGAGAAUGGUAUGGCUCUGGAACGCGCUGGAGGCGAUUCCACAUUGACUCUCGACCCAGGCUCCAAGCGAAAAGCAACCGAAGAGCCAAACACCCCCUCAGACAAUAAGAGAAUCAAGAGCUCUCACAGCGAAGAACCAGAAACCGAUAACAUCCCCAAGAUGGCCAACGUCAUUCCUUUCCCAGAGAAGCCAGCAGUGAUUGAGGAGCGAAACGGAGAGAUCGAAUUCCGAGUCGUCAACAAUGACAACAAGCGCGAAAGUCUCAUCGUUCUCACGGGCCUCAAAUGCAUCUUCCAAAAGCAACUCCCCAAGAUGCCCAAAGACUACAUAGCUCGCCUUGUCUACGACCGAACCCAUCUGUCCAUAGCCAUUGUCAAGAAGCCUCUCGAGGUAGUUGGAGGGAUCACGUACCGACCUUUCGAAAGACGAAGGUUCGCUGAGAUCGUGUUCUGCGCUAUCUCCUCCGAUCAACAAGUCAAAGGUUACGGCGCUCAUCUCAUGUCUCAUCUCAAAGACUACGUCAAAGCUACUACGCCUAUCAUGCACUUCCUAACCUACGCCGAUAACUAUGCUAUUGGUUAUUUCAAAAAGCAAGGCUUCACCAAGGAGAUCACCCUGGACAAGCAGAUCUGGAUGGGUUAUAUCAAGGACUACGAAGGCGGCACCAUCAUGCAAUGUUCGAUGCUCCCUCGCGUUCGGUAUCUUGAAAUGGGUCGCAUGUUGCUGAAGCAGAAGGAAGCCGUGCACGCCAAGAUCCGCGCCUUCAGCAAGAGCCACGAGGUCCACCAGCCCCCCAAGCAGUGGAAGAACGGCGUCUGCAAGAUCGACCCGCUCUCGAUCCCGGCGAUCCGCGCGUCUGGCUGGUCGGCCGACAUGGACGAGCUCGCGCGCCAGCCCCGCCACGGGCCCAACUACAACCAGCUCCUGCACCUGCUGAACGACAUGCAGAACCACGCGUCGGCAUGGCCCUUCCUGAACCCCGUGUCGCGCGACGACGUCGCCGACUACUACGACGUCAUCAAGGAGCCCAUGGACCUCAGCACCAUGGAGGCCAAGCUCGAGGCCGACAACUACGCCACCCCCGAGGACUUCAUCAAGGACGCCAAGCUGAUCUUCGAUAACUGCCGCAAGUACAAUAACGAGACCACGCCGUACGCCAAGAGCGCGAACAAGCUCGAGAAGUUCAUGUGGGCCCAGAUCAAGGCUAUCCCUGAGUGGAGCCAUCUGGAGCCGUAAGUCGGUCGGUGGAAAGCAAAGGUUGUUCAUU